CACAGACUAUGACGGAGUGAGACCAGACGACAGCAAACUUUCCCAUCUACCACUACUUCUCUUUCUGUUCAGACUCCAGUUUAAGUGAAGCAACAUCUGGAUUUUACUCUUGCAGGAUUUACAUGACAACAAGGAAGUCACGACCAUAGUUAUGGAAAAGAAAAAGCAAAGAGCCAGACUGAAUGAGGAAGAGGAAGACUUCAAAACUCAAAGCAUAAAAGACAGAGAGCUGUGUGGAAAAGGUGGAGGACUGAUGGACAAGAGUAAAGAAAAGAAAACAUGUAAAAGAAAGAGAGAGCAUUUGUGUUUGCUGUGUGGGAAGAGCUUUACCAGGGCUGGGGAACUGAAACGUCACCACAUGAUUCACACUGGAGAAAAACCUCACAAGUGCUCAUACUGUGAGAAGAGUUUCACUCAGGCAGUAAAGAUGAGAAUCCAUGAGCGAAUUCACACUGGAGAAAAGCUGUAUCACUGUACUCAGUGUGACAAGAGUUUCAGAUACAGCACUAAUCUCACGAAUCAUCUGCUUGUUCACACCGGAGAAAACCCAUUUACCUGCACUCAGUGUGGUCACGAUUUUACAACAUCAUCAAGUCUGAAACAACACAUGAUAGUUCACACAAAUGAGAAGCCUUAUGCGUGUCUGUUCUGUGAAAAGACUUUUUCACGUCCUGAUUAUUGUAAACGGCACCAGAAAACACACACUGACAAGAGAGAUCAUGUGUGUUUGGACUGUGGGAAGAGCUUUAAUAGAGCUGAUCAUCUGAUGCAGCACCAAAGAGUUCACACUGGAGAAAAACCAUACAAGUGCUCAUAUUGUGAGAAGAGUUUCAGUCAGUCUGGAAACUUGACGUUACACGAGCGAAUUCACACUGGAGAGAGGCCAUAUUACUGUCCUCCAUGUGACAAGGGUUUUUCAGAAUUAAGAAGCCUUGAAAGUCACAUCAAAAAACACCAUAAGUCAUCACAGUGAUCAAUUCUAUCAGUUUAAAUGUAAUUUUCAUCGUUUCUACUGGCUCAUUGUUUUUUGAUUUUAUUUGUUUAUUUGGCAGGGACAGUGUACAUUAAUUAGCUUUUCUGCAAAUGCAUGAUAACGAGAUAAGCAGACACUCUGAAAUUCCUGCUCCCUGCCAAGGACACCUGCUGGACUCUGCAGGCUCACACACACACACAAACAAACAAAUCUACAGGUAAACAUUCACCACCGAUCCCCUCAUCCAAACACCUUCGUGUGCUUUCACCCAUGAGGGGCGUGGAGCAUUUAGAAAGGGAAGUAAGUGAGUGGCGCCUCCAUGGCUGCUGGACCGGUUGGAUGCCUGCACUCAUCGGAUUGUUUCUAUAUCCCCUGUUCCCAUCCCCUGUGUCAUUAGCCCCUUUCACACAU